AUGAGCCCUACAAAGAUAAGCAUACAACUUGCCGAUCGAUCCGUCAAAUAUCCCCAAGGUGUCGCUGAAAAUCUAUUGGUCAAAGUCGGGAAUUUCGUAUUCCCGGCCAACUUUGUCAUACUAGACAUGGAAGAAGACACUGAAGUCCCGCUCAUCCUAGGGAGGCCAUUUCUAGCCACGGCACAAGCAGUAGUAGACAUGAAUGACGGAACACUAACAUUGAACUUUGGGGAAGAGGAAGCAAAGUUUGGGGUUGGAAAAAGAGUGGAAGACAAAGAUCCGGUCAACUACAUGAAGGAUAUUGUCAUUGGCAGCAAUCCUACCACCGUCCAACAGGCCAUUGAGCUCGCUGCAACCCUUACUGAAUCGCAAGUCAAAAAGGGUAAACUCCACAGAAAAGGUGACAAGAAGCAGAAACAGUCUGAGGAUACCAAAGAGAAAAAGGAUGUUGUGGGCUCAGUCAAUGUUUCACACCUUGAUUCAGUUGAACCACUUGAGUUGCAUUCCCUUUGUGAUGGCUUUGCUAAAUCCUUUGUUGUUAAUUUAGCUGCUCCAGAGUACUCACAACUAGAUUCACUUGAUUCAACUGAUCCCAAUUUCUUAAAAUCAGUUGCUUUAGGUGACUCACAUUUGGAGUUAGAUGGUGCAGCUGGCUCAGUCGGUUCAUUUGGUGAUUAUUCAUUUGAAAACUGA